AUAAACUCAUACGCGUCAAGUUCUAUAGGGUCAUAUCGGGCCAUCGACGGAAUGCCGAGAAAUCAUUCUGGAUGUUGGCGCCGAUAUAGGAACAUGAAGAGACGAUAAAAGCCGGCAGCUUCAGGACGGAGAGCCGAGUCUAUCGCUGUACCUCAAUCUCAUCAUACUGAUCUCUUCUCCUAUACAACCCAUUCAGACUCAUCAUGUCGCCUAGUGCUGUUCAAGACCAUGUGGACGAUGUCCCAACCUCGAUCAAAUCAUCCCCUCGACCUCCUUCGGAAGCCGACUUCUCUACCUUCCGGUCUCUAGUCCCUCUUCUGGCCGACGAGAGCCUCACUUACCUCAACGCCUCCUACCAACCCCCUUCAAACCUUAUAAUCCACGGCGCCAUCGCCAAGUUCACUUCCGAUGCCCUUUACAACCCUCAUCCAAAGCCUCAAUGGCAGAACGCCGUCGAAGAGACUCGUGCUUUAGUCGGCCGGUACAUCAACGCCGACCCGAGCUCCCUAGCCUUCACCCGUGACACAACAGAGGCACUGGGAUGCUUCAUCCGAAGCCUCAGAUUCGAGCCUGGCGACAACGUUGUCGUCCUGGACACAGAGCACCCAAACCAUGUCUACGGAUGGAUGGCUCUCCGCAGAGCCGGCCUCGAGGUCCGACAGGUGCCCACCAUCUCGACCGCGGAAGAGACCGGGCACGUCACGGCCGCCAACACCGCAACCUUUGCGCCGUAUGUCGACGAGCGUACCAGGGCCAUCGGGCUCAGCUCCAUCAUGUUCCACAGCGGUCAGUGGAACGACGUGGCCGACAUCUGCGCAACAUACAGACCACGCGGCAUUCACGUCCUCGCAGACCUCACGCAGCAGGUCGGCUUCGCAGAAGUGGACGUCCGAGCUCUGGGGGUUUCUGCGGCGGCCUUCAGUUUGCACAAAGGGUUGAACUGCCCGACGGGUUUCGCGGUUCUCUACGUCAACCCGGAGUUCAUCGCCGACACCGACCCCACUCCCCCCAUUGUCGGCUACGGGGCCGUCAGCAACGUGCGAGCUGACCUGUUGGUCCCUUCCGAAGAGGUGGUAUAUCACUCUUCCACUCGCCGAUACGAGCAUCUGAAUUUGAGCUUGAUCAGUGCAGCGGCUGCAAAGGCGUUUUUGACGUUUUAUCUGGAUUCCAUGGGUCCCGGACGUGUGCAGGAGCACCUCUACCGCCUAGGUGAUGUGUUGAGAGAGGAGUGCCGAAGUCUCGGGGUGAAGAUAGUCGGGUCCUCGGCUCGCAAGGAUCAUGCGCCUCAUUUGUACAUUCUGGAUUUGCAUGACCCGAGGUGGAUGGAUCUCUUAAAGGAGAGUGGUGUGCUUGUCACGCCCUACCGCCUGGGCAUCAGAGUUUCUUUUGGUUUCUACAACAACAUCUCAGACGUGAAGAAGCUUGCUGGUGUCCUAAAGACAGGAUUAGAGGCGGGCCUUCCCUUGCCCUGAGGACUUUCAGAGAUAUAGGAUAUG